UUUCACUUCCCUCUCGCGAUUUUCUUUAAAACGGUCUUGGAACCAAAAUCGAGAUCGAAAACCCUAGAAAUCUCACGUUUCUACUUUCUUCAUCUGAUCUCCACCAUUAAAUUAAAUUCGAAUCAAUGUCCGGAUCCAAUCCGGAUCGGGCUUCAUCACCCACGAGCUCGAGAUCGGUGACGAAGACGGUGAACGGGUCGCACCAAUUCGUGAUUCGAGGGUACAGGUUAGCGAAAGGGAUGGGCGUCGGGAAGCACAUAGAGAGCGAUAACUUCUCCGUCGGAGGAUACCAGUGGGCGAUCUUCUUCUUCCCCGACGGCAAGAAUCCGGAGGAUAACUCGGCUUACGUCUCCGUCUUCAUCGCGUUGGCUAGCGAGGGUAGUGAAGUCAGGGCGCUUUUCGAGCUCUCUCUUGUUGAUCAAAGCGGCAAGGGGAAUCAUAAGGUUCAUAGCCAUUUCGAGCGGACGCUUGACACUGGGCCUUAUACUCUCAAGUACAAAGGAAGCAUGUGGGGAUACAAGCGUUUCAUUAGACGUACCCAUCUUGAGACGUCUGACUUUCUCAAAGACGAUUGCUUGAUUAUCAACUGUACGGUUGGAGUUGUGGUUUCGGAGGUACAGUGCCCACAGUUACACUCUGUUCGCGUCCCUGAUUCAGAACUUGGAUCACAUUUUGGAGUUUUUCUGGAUAGCAUGGAAGGUUCUGAUGUCACUUUUGACAUUGCUGGCGAGAAGUUUCAAGCUCAUAAACUAGUCCUCGCUGCUCGAUCUCCGUUUUUCAAGUCUAAAUUUUUCAAUGAGCUUGACGCAAACAAUACAGAGGUUACUAUCAACGAUCUGGAACCUAAGGUUUUCAAGGCUCUGCUACAGUUCAUGUAUAGAGACUCUCUUCCUGAAGAUGUGGAGCCUGUGACGACUCUUACAUUUGAAUUCUUAACACUGCCUGAAAUAUACGAGACAUUGGUUGUAAAGCUUUUAGAAGCUGCGGAGAAGUAUGGCAUGAAUAGGCUCAGGUUGUUGUGUGAAGCUCACAUCUGCAAAGGCGUAUCAGUAAAAUCCGUCGCCAAGAUCCUAGCGUUGGCUGGGAGAUAUAAAGCUACAGAACUAAAGAGCGCUUGCCUAUUAUUCACUGCCGAGAACCUAGCAGCUGUUCUGGAGACAGACGCUUACAAAGAGAUGAAGGAUGAAUGUCUGACCCUCCAGUCCGAGCUUCUGAAGGCGGUGGCUGGUUACGAGGAAGGCAGCAACAGCAGCGGUGAAGCCAAGUCUCAGAGCGUGUGGGCCCAACUAUCAGACGGGGGUGGGGAUAUCAGCAGCCGACAUGUUAGACAACGAACCACUUAGAGCUUUAAUAUACAUUUUUCUCAGGUUAAUAACCAUAGAGGGGGGGUAUAUAGUUUGUUUUUCUGUAUUUUUUGGUAUUUUCUUCCAAAUUUUUUUACAAGGUUCUUGUGGACGGACUACUUUGAAAUACGAAUCCUAACUCUUUGGUAUGCAGUUGACCGUUUCAAUUCAGUAAUACGAAUCCUAACUACCUUG